AUGAUUGUAAAACACAGUCAGCCACAAGUAUCACAACAGAAGAAAUUCAGGCACCAGGUGGUGGUUAAAACAGAAGACAUGAAAGGGAGAGGUAUUUAUUAUCUUCUCACCCAGCAUGCAAAAGAUACAGUAAAAUCUUUUGAGGCUCUCCUAAGGAGCAAUGACAUUGACUACUACCUGGGACAGAGCUUCCGGGAGCAACUCGCCCAGGGAAGCCAGCUGACAGAGACGCUCGACAGCAAACUCAGCACCAAGGAUCAUAAAAGUGAGAAAGAUCAAGCUGGACUUGAGCCACUGGCCCUCAGGCUCAGCAGGGAGCUGCAGGAGAAAGAGAAAGUGAUUGAAGUCCUGCGGGCCAAGCUGGAUGCUCAGUCCCUCACACGCUCCAGCAGCCAUGCCUUGUCUGACUCCCACCGCUCUCCCAGCAGCACCUCUUUCCUGUCUGAUGAGCUGGAAGCCUGCUCUGACAUGGACAUAACCAAUUCCAUCCAUCAUUCGAGUCAUUCUGCUGUAUUGUUUUCUAAACCAUCAUCAACCACUGCAUCUCAGGGGGUUAAGGCCGAAUCCAGGAGCAACCCCAUCAGCUUGCCAACUCCCCAGAAUCCCCCCAAGGAGGCCAACCAGGCCCAUUCUGGCUUUCAUUUUCACUCCAUACCCAAGCUGGCUAGCCUUCCUCAGGCAGCAUUGCCCUCAGCUCCAUCCAGCUUCCUGCCUUUCAGCCCCACUGGCCCUCCCCUCCUUGGAGGCUGUGAGACACCGGUGGUCCCCUUGGCUGAAGCUCAGCAGGAGCUGCAGAAGCUGCAGAAGCAGUUGGGAGAAAGUAAGACAGUUCCCCGGGCCUGAUCCUAAAUCAGGGAGUCAUAUUUCCUAAUGCAGGACAGAAUAGGAAACAGUAAGUAUGAAAAAAGUGGAUGACAAGUUAUGGGGGCUUCUGUAGACAUUUCUAUGAGAACAUCUCUAAGGAACUCCCCCAAGCUGAAUUCAGCACAUAAGCCAUAGGAGGUAUUUAAGAGUAAAUUCUACCCUGAUAAAAUAUUUCACUAAAAAAUUUAGCAUGGGCUGGGUGUGGUGGCUCAUGCCUGUAAUCCCAGCACUUUGGGAGGCCAAGGCAGGCAGAUUACAAGGUCAGGAGUUCGAGACCAGCCUGGCCAAUAUGGUGAAACCCCUCCUCUACUAAAAACACAUAAAAAAUUACCUGGGAAUGGUGGCACAUGCCUGUAAUCCCAGCUACCUGGGAGGCUGAGGCAGGAGAAUUGCUUGAACCUGGGAGGUAGAGGUUGCAGUGAGCUGAGAUGGCACCACUGCACUCCAGCCUGGGUGACAGAGUGAGACUCUGUCUCAAAACAAAACAAAACAAAAAAUUUACCAUGCCACUGUUCUUCAAUUGUGUAUAUAUAUAUAUAUAUACACACAAAAUUAACAUAUAUAUGUUAAUUUUAUGUCCCUAGAUAAGUCGUAAGGUCUGUGAGAAUGAAGAUAGUUCUGCAUUUCACAUCCCUUACAGCACCAGUAUCAGAGAGAUUCACAGUAGAUACUCAAUGAAUAAUUAGAAUCAUUUCAUCCUAAGUCUAGAUAAGACCCUUCAUGUCUUCUGUUUUAACCACCACCUGAUGCCUGAAUUUCUUCUAUGUUGUGAUACUGUGGGUGACUGUAUUUUGCAAUCAUGGGUAUCUCAUUAACUCUCAUGCCAUCAACUGAUGAGACCCAAACCAAGAGACCCUAAGUGAGAGCCACCCAGCUGAGCCCAGUGAAACCAAACAACCAUGAAGCAUAAUAAAGUAUUGUUUGAAGUCAUUAAGUUUUAGAGUGGUUAUUACUUAGCAAUAGGUAACCAGAACACAUACCAAGAUGAAUGUCUGUUUUCAACACAAAGUAUCAAUAACACUUUUAACUAUGGCAAAUAGCAUUGAGUGCUUAAUAUAUG